CGCGGUUUCCUCACGGCUGGACGCGCCGGGAGGCUGCUCCCCGUCCGGCUGCGCCACGGAGAUCACCGUGCGGUAGCAGAAUUGAACGUCGUACAAGACAGCGAUGGCUUUUUCUCCAGAAUUUGAAUAUGGAGGCCACAGGGACAGAUGAAGUAGAAAAGAUAAAAUCCAAGUUUAUGUCUGCAUGGCACAACAUGAAAUACAGUUGGGUGUUGAAAACAAAAACUUACUUCAGUAGGAACUCUCCGGUGUUUCUGCUGGGGAAGUGUUACCACUUCAAAACCGACGAAUCUGGUGAGCUGGCUGCAGAUGGAUCCAAUUUUGAUAAAAUCAGAGAAAUCUCGGGCAAUGUUGAGGAGUUUCGGAAAGAUUUUAUUUCUAGAAUAUGGCUGACUUACAGAGAGGAAUUUCCCCAGAUAAAAGGGUCUGCAUUAACGACAGACUGUGGGUGGGGUUGCACGCUGAGAACUGGCCAAAUGCUGCUGGCUCAAGGUCUUAUGCUUCAUUUUCUUGGGAGAGCCUGGGUCUGGCCAGAUGCAUUGGACAUUGACAGUUCAGAUGCUGAAUCGUGGACAGCCCAUACAGUGAAAAAGCUGACAGCAUCGUUCGAAGCAUCGCUUACAGCAGAGAGAGAACCCAAGAUCCUGUCACACCAUCAUCGGGGAAUGCUGAAGAGAAACCGUGAUGCCAAUGAAAUGAGGAAUGAAGUUUAUCACAGGAAAAUCAUUUCUUGGUUUGGCGACUCUCCGCUGGCAGCUUUUGGCUUGCACCGGCUGACAGAAUAUGGAAAGAAGUCUGGCAAAAUUGCUGGGGACUGGUAUGGGCCUGCAGUUGUUGCACACAUUCUAAGAAAAGCUGUGGAAGAAGCAAGAGACCCUGACCUGCAAGGAGUAACAGUCUAUGUUGCUCAGGAUUGUACAGUCUACAGUUCAGAUGUUAUUGACAGACAGUGUUCUUUCCUGGAUUCUGGAGAAGCAGACACAAAAGCUGUAAUUAUAUUAGUUCCUGUGAGACUGGGAGGAGAGAGGACAAACAUGGACUACUUAGAGUUUGUAAAGGGCAUUUUAAGCCUUGAGUAUUGUGUUGGGAUUAUUGGUGGCAAACCCAAGCAGUCGUAUUACUUUGCUGGAUUUCAAGAUGACAGUUUGAUUUACAUGGAUCCUCAUUACUGCCAAUCCUUUGUAGAUGUCAGCAUAAAGGAUUUCCCUCUUGAGUCAUUCCACUGUCCUUCUCCCAAAAAGAUGUCAUUCAAAAAAAUGGAUCCGAGCUGCACGAUAGGAUUUUACUGUAGAACCGUGCAGGACUUUGAGAGAGCUUCUGAAGAAAUCACCAAGAUGCUGAAAUCUUCAUCUAAGGAGAAAUAUCCCUUGUUUACUUUUGUAAAGGGUCAUUCCAGAGACUAUGACUUUGCUUCCAGUCCACUCCGUGAAGAAAACGACCUUUUCUCUGAGGAUGAAAAGAAAAGAUUAAAAAGAUUUAGUACAGAGGAGUUUGUCUUGCUUUAAGGACAUUUUACACAACAUUAUUGGCAGCUGUCCAGGAGAACACUUGCCUUUUACAGAACAAUAAAGGCAUGUGUCCUCCUCCUGCAAGAAGGCAAAGCUUGUGCUGAAAUGGGUCUAUUUUCGUAAAGAGGAUGAUGUUUUUUAUGUAAUAGUCUUUAAAAUGUUGUUUAUAAAUGUACUAAUUAUUUUUGUUCCCUGCUAGUUGGUUGAGUUUCAUGUCCCGUUGUGCUAGUGAAGGCAGGAGGCCUUGUUUGGAGGCAGCUACGCUGAAAGGUUCCUCUGCCCCGGCCUUGCACGUCAGUCCAGGACAAAUCUUGAGCAGAGGCUGCUGGAUAGGUGUGGGGUUUAUGUCAUGGGUAUAUACCCAUAGGGUUUGAGACCACCUUAUUUCUGUUUGUGGGUAAAAUUUGAGUCCUGUGGUCAUGCGGUAAGGGUGGAACUCUCAUCUGUCUUGCUAUGUAAGCCCAAAUAGUAGUUAACGCUGUGAUCGUGAGAGCCAUCCCGAGCAGCGCAGCGGGAGAGGGGCAAGUUGGAUCUGUCAGUAGCAAUUGGCAGCUGCAAUACUGAUACAAUUAUAUAGGCUGAAUUGUGAGUUAAGGUACUAUUUAGCAGUAUGAUUUUAUAAUGGUUUCUCAUUAAGCUUGCUUUGGAGCCUUAAUACGAGGAGUGAAGAUAAAGUAUUACCUUUCCCCACAAUUUUUAAAGGUUAUACUAUUAAUAUUAACUGCAACCAAUCAAAGCAGCUCAAGACAAUUAUUAGAAGAGAGCGGUGUUUGUUUCCUGUUUCAGCUACUAUAACGUUGGGGCUUCUCUCCUGUUAGUGCAGCUUUUAAAUCAAAGCAAAUGGGGGAGUGAGUGUGAAAAAUCCUGGGCUGUGAUUAUUUUUUUCCUGGGAUCCGUGUUAUUACUGUACCAAUGAUUACUUGAUGUUGUGUGUUCUCAGAUUGCAAACCAAUGUACAUAAAUCCUCUCAUGUUUUAACAAAGUAAAUGCAAAUAUUUAAAAUAGGUAUUAACACUGCUUGGGAAAUAAAAAGGUGUGAAAACAUUAAAUGCCUGUGCCUU